AUGUCUACCUAUACCAACUAUUUGCCUCCUACAGACUCUCACAAGUUUCAACACUCCAAACAAGAAAUGUCUCACCAAGUUCCUUACGCAGAUACAUUUUAUUCUACAAAAUUUAUCCCUCAAGAACAAAAGUACCAACAGCACCAGCAACAGCAACAGCACCAGCACCAGCACCAGCACCAGCACCAGCACCAGCAACGAUACAACUAUCCUUUAAAUAACUCAUUACCACAAACAUCUCUCCCCAUAGAUUCCACAGGGUUAAUGCCUUCUCCUACAGGCCCUUUGGAUGAAAUGCCUCCUUCUCCUAAACAAAUUUCCUUUUCACAUACUUUAAACUCCAUUCUUGGACCUGACCCAUGCGCUCCAGUCAUCUCCCCUCCAUCUUCAGCUGCUACUACCCCUAACGAAACUUCUAUGGACUCUUCCCGUGCUUCCCCACUGGAAUCAUCUCCUUGCUCCACUUCUGGGAUGUCGGCUGUUAGCCCAGCAUCUUCUACUGACUCGGCUCUUUCUCCCAAGUCUAUAAUGUCUUCAAAUUCUCCUACUCUUAAUUCUGUCUCCAAUGUUCAAAACUGCCUUUACUCUCAAAAGCCCCAACAAAUCCCGCCCACAGUAUUGUUGCCCUCAGUUUCCUCUGUUGUAAACUCUAUUCCCAGAGUACCAGAGUCUAAGCCUAUCAAAAAGGCCGAACCAAAGUCCAAGGCUAAAUCUUCAAAGUCUGAUGACCAACAAGAUAAGCCCUUGGUAUGCAAAUGGCUCAACUGCUCACUUGAGUUUCAAACUCCUGAAGAGAUUUAUUCGCAUCUUUGCGAGGUCCAUGUUGGACGCAAAAGUACCAAUAAUCUCUCUUUGAUUUGCAGAUGGGAUGGUUGUAACACAAGCACUGUCAAACGCGACCACAUUACCUCCCACAUUCGUGUUCACGUCCCCCUCAAACCUUAUAGCUGCCAUUCUUGCGAAAAGCGAUUUAAACGACGCCAAGACUUGAAGAAACACGUAAAAACGCACACUGACGAUUCUGGUCAAGCCUUCCACACUAAUUCCAAUAUGCCUUACAUGGCUCAUAAUAUGCGAUCCUCUAUGGCUCCUGGGUACUUUGACCAUUACCCCAUGCCUCACCAAGGAUUCCCUGUGGACUAUGCUUACACUACACCUCAAUAUGCUCAGCAACACAGAAACCACUCUUACUCACAACCUCCUCCUCCUCCUCCUCCUGACUACUCGAACCAAGGAUUUUUAUUUUCCAACUAUUCCAAACCUGUCCAUCAACAACCGUCCUCCCAUCAUCGUUUGUCUAGUGGAAAUGAUGGUGGUCUUUUGUCCCACAUCAUUUCAGAAGCUCCUGCUCCUGCCCCUGUUGAAAAUAAUAACCGCAAAAGAGCUUUCGAGGCUACUAAUGAUUUGUUUGAGGAUAUCAAGCGUUGCAGAGUUGCCCCCGUAUACAAUUCGGAAAUGGCUUCUCGCCUUUCUGCCGUUGAGCAAUUUGUUUCAGGGCCUUACAGCAACUCUUCUGCUGCUGCUGCUUUUGCUGCCCAGACACAACUUCCUUCUCAAGCACCACCACCUCAAGAUUUCAGAACACUUCCACCAUUUAAGUCACAACAAGAUCUUCUUGAAGCUGAUCAGUUUUUGUCAAGCCUUUCUUCCAACAUUGCCUCCCAGCCAUCCGGCACCAGAUCAGAGUCUGUUUCUGGUCUUACUCUACCAUCAAAUGGUUACUCCUCUUCCAACUCUUCAGCCAACGCUUCUCUUGGUGCUCCUCUCAAUCUCCCUGUUACUCCUCCAGAGGCUUCCCAAACUCUGGCUUCGUCUUCUGUUGGAUUGUACCCAUCAUUCCAUCAAACAACUCCAACAAGUACCGUGGCUUCUUCUACAAACGAUUCCUUUGGUUCUCAAUAUACUAACCCAUUGUACUCUGGUACUUUGGCUGGCAACAAUGCACCUGUAUCUACCGGAUCAAGCUACCCUCAGCUUGGCUCUCGAUACGAGCGCGACAAUGGCCGUCGCUUCUCUGUUGGUGUCUUGCAACGCUCUUCUAAGCGUACUGCAGAGGCUUCUGCAGAAAAACAGGAAACCAAGGAACAACCUGACGUCGAUGCACUUAUUGCUGGGCUUGGAGAUCUCAAGGUUUCUAAGAAUGAGAAAGAAGAAGAAGAAGAAGACGAAGAAGAACAGCGUGAACGUCACAUUCAUGUUAUUGCUACCAUGCGUGAGAUGAUUGCAUCGUUGCUUAAAUCGUAUCAAGAACCAGAACAAGAAAAGCCUGGUCGCCAGUCCCUUUAUCCCACAAUUGCUGCUUUUUAA